AUGGUCGACUCGAUUCUGAUCAUGGGAGAACCCAUCGGAAAUCUCAUUGCUCGCGGUGUGAAGCAGGGAAUUCCGCCCGACUCUCCGGAUGUGGACGCAAUUAGACGGCUAACGGCGCGGCUGAAGGAACGCGAAAUAAAGAUGGGAAAUAUAUGGCGUCCAGCCGGUUUUGUGCAAACUGUGUCGAUGGUGCGCGAUUGGAAUUCGGCAGUACUAGACCGGCUCGUCGCGAUUGAAAGCAAUUUCGAAAGUCUGUUCCACUUUCCCGACCGGAUGGACAGGAAGAAAAAUGACUUUCUAUGGCAGUGCCGGAGAUUCGACCACUUAGCAACGUUGCGCAUAAUUUGGAGACACUUUGUCGACAUGUGCCCGAUGCCUACUAUGGCGCUCGUCCAACGCACCGUUGAUGCCCUAAAGGCCUUGAGACUGGUCGAGUCGAAACUGCGGAAGCCGGGCCCCGACCUCGCACGAUUCUAUCACGACGCCAAGACCAGUAAGGCUUAUAAUCGU